CAAAAAAAAUAAAAAAUAAACUGUUUUAACUUAACUUGCCAUACAAAGAACAAAAUGAAAUUGAAAAUCGUACUUCAAGAACAACUCGACCAUGUAGCAAAAUCUCGUUCUCCAACCUCAUGUGAACUUUAUCGCCCUUUGAGACUUUAAUGAACACGUGCUACCCUACUUUUUAACGGCAGAAAUGCUUAAAUUUUCUUGCGUUUCUCUCUCACACACUAAAGUGGUGGCUGCGUGUCUCCGAUGAACUCCAUAUUAAGAAAAUCAGUAAUUGCUUUCCCUCCUCAAGAUUCACACGAAAUCGAUAUUAAUUCUGUAUUUGCUAUAUACGCACCCACAUCUAAAUCAAAAGAACCCUAAGCCAAGAUUUUCUUUCCGAAUUCAUAAAUUCAAAAGUAUCCCACCAAAUCCCUUAAAGUACUCACACAAAUCUGUACUAUAUAUUAGUUUGUACGAGGAUUUUAGUUGUAGUAGCAAAAGGGGUGGUUUUGAUUGUUUUGAAUCGGUUCAAUUUGAUCGGAUUGGAGAUGGGGGCGAUGACGUCGUCUGUGGCGGCGAAGUUCGCUUUUUUUCCACCGGAUCCGCCGUCUUACAGAUUGGUGGUGGACGAAUCGAGCGAUAGUGGGAAAUUGAAGAUGACGGAUGUGUCGGAGAGAGCCAACGUUGACGUUCUGAAGCUGAAAACGAAAAGGGGGACGGAAAUUGUGGCGGCGUAUGUCAAGAAUCCGGUGGCGUCACUCACUGUGCUUUACUCUCACGGCAACGCCGCUGAUCUUGGUCAGAUGUAUGACUUGUUCUGCGAACUCAGUGUUCAUCUUCGAGUUAAUUUAAUGGGGUAUGACUACACUGGAUACGGGCAAUCUUCCGGGAAGCCUACUGAACAAAACACAUAUGCCGACAUUGAAGCUGCAUAUCGAUGCCUUGAAGAAACGUAUGGUGUAAAAGAAGAAGAUGUCAUCUUAUACGGUCAAUCCGUAGGAAGUGGACCUACCCUAGAUUUAGCUGCCCGUUUAUCAAGAUUACGGGCAGUUGUUCUUCACAGCCCAAUCAUGUCAGGAAUCAGAGUCAUGUAUCCUGUUAAACGAACAUAUUGGUUUGAUAUAUACAAGAAUAUCGACAAAAUCCCAUUAGUCAAGUGUCCUGUUCUGGUUAUUCAUGGUACGAAAGAUGAUGUUGUGGAUUUUUCACACGGGAAGCAGCUUUGGGAGCAUUGUGUGGUAAAAUACGAACCUUUAUGGAUCAAAGGCGGGAAUCACUGUGAUUUGGAACUCUUCCCGGAAGAGAAAUCAAGACCCAGCACAAGUACAGAAAAGUCAAGACCGAGUGUUGACCAACCUGAGAAAGGAAGAAACAGCAUUGAUCGGUCUGAUUUGGAGGUAUGAUGAAGGCGGCAGUGUUGUGCAAUAUUGAUUGUUUCAAGCCCACGGGUGCAAUGGAGGUGGAAGGAUCGUGAUUUUGUGAAGAUUUAUGUUUAUUAAGUCGGGUAUUUUGUUGGUUUACUUGUGUUGAUUUGAUUGUGAGUUGUGAAGUGUUGUUAGAUAAUGAAAAGGAAUUGAUUUUAAUUAGGUAGAUGUAUGUAUGUAUCGUAUAGAUUCUGUCAAAACUAAUAAUGUUUAUCUUGGAUUGGAAGACAUUGGAGGGAUAUGUCUUUUGUACAAACAAGAGGUGCAAUUUUUAUCUCAUUGACAUUAUAUGUCAAACAUAAUACACCUUGUUCUGUUUUGUCCGGUAGUCUUGUUUGUACAAAAAAAAACAUGGUUCUUUGGGGAACAAUUUAUUCUCAAUGACUCCUUUUGGGGAUCAUGUGUUGAUGCUUGAUUGUAAUGAAUGGAUGUGGUUCGACUUUUUUUUGUGUAGACUUCGAUGUGAAUCAAGCAUGCUUGGUGUUACAUUAAUAAUGGCAUUUCUUGUUUCA